UCUUUCUCCCGCUCCUCCUUUAUCCUCGUCUCCUGCCCUCUUUUAUCUGAGUGUCUGUGGCCCCCAGGCUCUCACAGCGACUCCGACCUCUCAGCAGCAUCCAAGGCCACCAUGCGUGCUGCUCUGUGCUGCUGUGUCUUCCUCCUCUGCCUCGUCUUCCUCGCCGAGGCCAAGCGGACGCCUGGUCAGGACAAACGGGACAAACCUCGCCAGCCCCAGUCGUCGCCGCCACCGGCCCGGAGGUCCAGAAACCGUUCGGUGCUCAGUUCCGGAGAGCUGAGCACCAAGCAGGGCCAUCGCUGCACAUGGCAAACAUCUGGUGAAGGUCUGGUGAGCCUGGUAGUGAACUGCUCCACAGAAAGCGAAGGAGACGCAGAGAGGUACUGGUGUCGUUAUGCUGGUAAACCCAAUCUCUGCCAGGCCUACAGCAUGAAGUCCAGCCAGUACUGGAAGCAGCUGGUGGGAAAGCUGAAGAAACGGGAGAACGCCUGCGAGGGAGAGAAAGUGCUAAAGGCCAAAACCUGCAAAAAGGCGCCUGGCGAGGCCCACAUGAAGCUGGCUCAGCGCAGCGGGGAGGAGGACAAGAACGCAGCGAAGGAGGGAGGGAAGAAGAAAGGAGAGGCCGGAGCGAAGAGCUCCGAUGGAGGGAAGGUGGAGAAGAGAAAGAAGAAGGUGAAGGAGGAUGAGGCGGAGAAAAAGAAGCGGGAGGAGAGGACUGAGUUUGACGACGAAGGAAUGGUGAACGACAUGGAGCCGGUGCAGACGUACUGCAGCGACGGCUGGCACUCCGUCUGCUCCUUCUUCGUCAAGUUUUUUGAGGGCUGAUUAAAGAAAUUAGAGAAAUUUGUUUUUUUUAUUGAUGAUAGUGUGAAUUAAAUCUGAAAUCAGUGGAGGGAAGUUGUGUUUUAACCUUUUGGGGAGUUCUGUUCAGCUCAUUUCUAAGGAUUUGUGUAAAAUUUCUCAAACUGCUCUCUGAAGGUUAGAGGAAAACCAAUUUAAUUCACAUUUGAUUGAGAAUUUUUGGUAAUUCUGCAUAUUUUUUAAGGAUUAAUUGUUAGAUUAAUACAUUAAAAUUAACUACUCUGUAAACCAAGUUAGUUAAAACAGAUUCAGUUUGAAUCUGCAGUAAUAACCUGAUGAAGUGAAGUCGUGUUUUUAGUGUUUUAGAUUCCUGAUGUUUAGUUUUGUGAUGUUGGGCUGUUUUUAACCGACAUUAAAUAAUCACCAUUGUUAACUGA